UAUCAAAUCAAACAAACCCUAAAAUUUCUAUCCAAACCUCCCUCUCUACAUCAGCUACAGCAACAGAACAGAACACAACAAUGGCGGGAGGUUACGAACACGAAGACGGACUACCAUCCGGCGGCGGCGCGGUGGAUGACGGCUACGACCCAUCACGCGUACCAGACCCAGUGAAAUCAUUCGUGGUGCAUAUGUAUCGACACAUACGUGAGAAAAACGUGUAUGAAAUACAUCAGAUGUAUGAGACAUCUUUUCAUACAUUAAGUGACAGGAUGUUUAAGGAUAUGCCAUGGCCGUCAGUUGAAGCUGUCGCUCAGUAUGUCGACAAUGAUCAUGUGUUUUGUUUGUUGUAUCGUGAGAUGUGGUAUCGCCAUUUGUAUGCUAGGUUGUCUCCUACUCUUAAACAGCGUAUCGAUUCUUGGGAUAAUUACUGCUCCCUCUUUCAGGUGGUGUUGCAUGGGGUGGUGAAUAUGCAGUUGCCUAACCAGUGGUUGUGGGAUAUGGUGGAUGAGUUUGUCUAUCAAUUUCAAUCCUUUUGUCAGUAUCGUGCCAAAAUGAAGAACAAAACUGAACAGGAGAUCGCUCUACUAAGGCAGCAUGAUCAGGCCUGGAAUGUGUAUGGCGUUCUCAACUUUUUGCAAGCAUUGAUGGAGAAGUCUUCAAUUAUUCAGAUUCUCGAGCAGGAAAAAGAAGGCGGUGAGCAGUUCACAGCAACCGAUGGAUAUGAUUAUAGUGGUGGGAGUAAUGUCUUGAAGGUCCUGGGUUACUUUAGCAUGGUAGGUUUGCUAAGAGUCCAUUGUUUAUUGGGAGAUUAUCAAACUGGACUCAAAUGCCUACUUCCAAUUGACAUUACUCAACAAGGAGUUUACACCAGUGUUAUUGGCUGUCACAUUGCCACUAUUUAUCACUAUGGGUUUGCAAAUCUUAUGCUGCGCAGGUAUGUGGAGGCCAUACGUGAGUUCAACAAAAUCUUGCUGUACAUUUACAAGACCAAACAAUAUCACCAGAAAUCACCACAGUAUGAGCAAAUACUAAAGAAGAAUGAGCAGAUGUAUGCUUUGUUAACUGUCUGCCUGUCUCUUUGUCCCCAAGCUAAACUUGUUGAUGAAACUGUGAACUCUCAACUAUGGGAGAAGAAUGGGGAUAAAAUGUUGAAAAUGCAGCGAUACGAUGAUGAGUCAUUUGGCGUCUAUGAUGAGCUUUUCUCAUAUGCAUGUCCCAAGUUUAUCACACCUUCUGCACCAAGCUACGAAGAACCACUUGUUAACUACAAUCAGGAUGCAUAUAGGCUUCAAUUGAAGUUGUUCCUUUAUGAGGUAAAGCAACAGCAACAACUGUCAGUCGUGAGGACUUUCUUGAAAGUGUAUUCGACUAUCUCUCUUGAGAAGCUUGCAACCUACAUGGAAGUGGAUGAAACCACUUUAAGGUCAAUCUUGAUGACAUAUAAGCACAAAACUCAUUCUGUUGGCGCUGAUGGGAAAAUCAUAUCCAAUGCCGAUAUUGAUUUUUACAUUGAUGAUGACCUAAUUCAUGUUGUUGAAAUCAAGAAACCCAAGCUAUAUGGCGAUUACUUUUUGCGUCAAAUUGUUAAGUUUGAGGCAGCGAUUGGUGAUCUGGACAGAAUUAAGCUGGAAUGAAUUUUUUGUACUAUUCUCUCCUUUCAAGGAUAGAUUUUUGUUGCCUUUUUCGGAACAUUCAGGUUUUGCAUUGUUUAAUAGUGUUGGCUAAUUUUCCAGCUACCAAAAGUUGUAUUAGGUAGUAGUAUGUUGAUCUAUUUCAAGAAUGUUGUGUGCUGGAUAUCUGUGACCAUGAUGUUUGAACUUCUAGUAACCUGCAAUGAACAAGCUCAUCGCCUCUCA